UCGUGACGUGUCAAAAUGAAAUCGGAAGAGUUGGGUCAGCAAAAGUAAUCAUAUUGAGUCACAUUUCAGUAGAUAGUUUCAGUGUUGAUUAAAAAACGGGAAGAUUACAGUGAUUGUUGCAGAAAUCUUACUCAUUUUUACGAACGAUGUAACCAUCUCGGCCGGAAGCUUUGGUUGGAACCCCAGAGUUGCUCACAGAAAUGAUAGAUGGUGAAUUAUAGCUGAAGAACUUGGAUUUCAUUAUAAGGAGACGGGAUGUAUAUGAGUCUGAUUACAAAUUCUCACGUGGGAUGAAUGAGGAAGAACUGUUGAAACGGUCGGCUGCUGAGCGGGACAGAAUAUUCAGUUGUUACGAUCGUGGUAGAGAGAAUGGUGCUCACAUCGAUCCUUGGGAGGACCCAAGUCUUCCGGUUUAUCACACCACUGACAGAUAUGGAUUUAUACAUGAUGCGGAAUUACCGAAAGUGGAUAAAAAUGAAAUUAAGAUAAAGCAAACAGAAAUGGAAAGGCUGAAAAAAUGGGAGAAGAUGACGAAAAAGUGGGACACUCCCGCAACUAAAGAGAAGCUACGGCGUAGGAUAUACAAGGGUAUUCCAGACAGAUUUCGAGGUCAAGUGUGGACUCUAUUGCUUGGAAUAACAACUUUAAAAAAAGAACAGGCUGGUAAAUAUGAAGAAAUGUUACAACUCGCACGUCAGUGGUCUACAGAGAUAAGACAAAUCGACGCCGACGUAGCGAGGCAAUAUAGGGAUCAUAUUAAUUACAGAGAAAGGUAUAGUAUUAAACAGAAGUCUAUGUUCUACGUCUUGGCGGCCUAUAGUAUGUACAAUAUGGAAGUUGGUUACUGCCAAGGUAUGUCCGUCUUAGCUGGCUUACUCUUGCUCUACAUGGACGAGGAAGACGCUUUUUGGGGUCUUUCUGUACUGCUUACGGACAAGAAGUACAGCAUGCACGGAUUUUACGUAGACGGAUUUCCAAAAUUAAAUCGCUUUAUAGAACACCAUGACAAAGUAAUGACCAAGUUCCUCCCAAAGUUGAAGCGAAAGCUCGACAAGUAUGGAUGCGACUCUAUUCUCUAUGCGUUAAAAUGGUUCUUUGUAGUGUUUCAAGAAAGAACACCUGUGAGCCUCGGUCUGAGAGUCUGGGAUAUUUUUCUUCUGGACGGAGAUCGCGUACUGCCAGCGAUGGCUUACACCGUUAUGAAAUUGCACAAACGCCAAUUGCUCGCAAUGGAGGGCUUAGACGAGUUUUGCAAUUACUUACAAAUUAAGUUAGAAAAAGACUUUUCGUAUGAUGACGAUGCCGUCAUCACUGCCAUGGAACGCAGUAUGGAGGAACUGAAGCGAGCUAAAUUGGACUACCCUGGACCUCCUUUGCCGCACGAAUUGCCUCGACAUCCUUUCGGCUCUUUUAAAGAGCCUUCUUUUACUAGCAAGGUGGGGAGACGUGCCGAAGAGUUCAGCGAGGCUCAGCAAGUAACUCGCGAGUCGACGGUGCAGCGGAGGGACAUGGCUGUAAUCGAUGAAAAUAGGGAAUCCUCGACGCCCGUGGUGUCGGCCAACUGCGGUAGCCUUGGUGCAACUCUGAAGUCUUCUGAAGUUUUCAGAAGCAAGUUCUCCUUCGAUCCGAGUCUAGACGAUGGGCCAUCACCUAACGGGUCACGUCGAUCCUUAGCGGAUACGUCCGUUACUUCCACGGCAGAUCUCUCUGUAUUCAGUUCGGCGACACGCUCGCAGGCCCUCGACAAUAGCCUUGACACUCAGAGCAAUGUGUCUGAUGGUAGUUCAGGUAGCGGUGGUUUACCGACUCCUCGUGCGUCGUCUCAUCAGCCCAGCCCGGACGUCGUUAGAAUAUACGUGCCCUACACGUCUCCCACUCCAGCUUCGUAUAAGGACGAUCUUCCUCGUACUCUACCUCGCUCGUUAGAGACUAACAAAAUUCGCAUUCGCGUCGAUCCGGAUCAGACGCCCGUCGUAGAAAGUAUCAAGCCUUUCGCACUAGAGAGUCCGGAACUCGAGUUGGAUCUCAAGUAACUUGUUAACUCCUUGAAAGGCAUUCCAAAUUGUUAUGAGGGUCUUUGCUUCCAUCCUUCCCGUCCUUCCCUUGUACCUUGUCUUUUGCAUUUACUAGGGCCUUUUCUGUAAAUUCAGAGUUCUUGUUGCACAUUCGCGAACAAUGUUACAUUUUUGAUAGAAAAGUUCCCUUCUUGAGAGUCGUCAACCUUGGCGAUUAACAGGGUGAAUGGAACAAAAAGGGUUAAUUGGUCAUACGCAGGCAAGAAAGCACUAACUCGUUGGUGUCACUUUAAAAAAAUCUAGUCCGCAUGACACAAUGUUUCAUUUCUGAGAGGGUGUUAGUGUGCCUAAUUUUAUAGUGAUGUCAACGAGUUGUGUCCUGUUGUUUGAUCAGAUUGAAAAGAAAGUAAUAAUUUGUACUAUUUAAUCGUUUAUUUUCAUAAAUUAAACGAAAGUUUCAGGAAUGGUUUUGGUUAUUUUAUUUGUAAAUCCUUAAAAUUCGAAGUCUGAAUUUAUUGGAUUACAGAAUGAAAUGUAUACGAUUGAUGGAUUUUUAUGUUCUUUUCCUUAUUUUAAAGGAUUGCAGUCCUGAAAUUUAAUAAAAAAAUAUUUUCAACUUACGGAAAAAGAGAAAGUCGAUAUAACUUAUUUUCAGAAGAGAUUUCUAUAUCUUCUUGUGAAGUUGAUAAUGUUGAAACUCAUUGUACAAUUUAUAUUAUGCUGUUGUUCCAUCCACUCGUGAUUUCGAGUAGAAAAAUUUGUUUACAAGUUGUCUAUAGACUACGGGGCUACAGUUGUAAUAUAGAUGCCUGUAAGAUUUACGGAGUCCGUGUAUUAUUGUUCAAUUAUUCCUGGGCGAUUGGGUCCGUCUAUUGGGAAUUUCAAAUUCAAUAUCAACAUGUUAAUGUCUCCAAAGUUAGAAACGCAUUUACUGACCUUCAAAAUAGUUGUGUGGUUACAUUUUUGUCGAUGAAAAUCCAGUAAACAUUUAACUCAGACUCAGAAAUACGAAUCUUACUUUACUGAUUGUAACAAAUAAAAUAAAGGAAACCUAGAAGUUAAAAAUUGAGCUUCGAGCGCUUUACAUUAGAAAAUUGAUAGAUUUAAGAACAAUUAUUUUGCUGUGCAAAAAUGUCAAGUUAAGCGUUUUCGAUAAAAAUCUCGAAAAGCCAGAUUUUAAAAUGGAUAAAAUCAGAAAUUUAGGAGUUUUCUCAAUUAGGUAACUUUCAUGCUUUACAUGUUUUUUUCAAACGGAAGUACUUGUUUAGACGAACACAGCCUAAUCUAUAAAAUUUUUUUGUUUUUGUUAAAAUUUGGUAAUUUUAAAUUAUUUUCUGGAACCGGAUGAUCUAACCAUGAAAUUCUUUUAAAAGAAAAUUUUGGAAAAUCGCAAAAAAUGGUUAAGUUGUGAAAAGCCAAGUCAAACAGAAUUCAGUACAACUUUUUCUCCAAGUUUCAAAAAUGCGUUUUUAACUAUUGCGAUAUAAUAGCUGAAGUACAAUGCUCUCACAAAAAAAAAUACGUCUAAAGUUCGUUGUAAGUAAUUUCAGCUUCUCAGAAAUUUAUUAUUAAAUUCGUAAUUGAAGACGUGACAGUAUAAGUUUCUUGCCUUGUCAGCAAAUUAAAAUUACAUUGAAGUACAGGUCAUUAACUUUGAGACGUCAGAGUGGAAAUUGCUUACAAGCAACUUUACUCGUUCGAUUUUGGUCUACGCUUUAGCCGACGACAGAGAACAAUCCUCGUGCGAGGAGGACAACGCCUACAAUACUCAUAUAUAAUAUGUGCACAUAUAGAUGUAGAUACGCAUGUACAUACGGCGUAUGUGUAUAUAAAUGAAGGGUAAAAAGGCCAAAGGCCCGACCCUCCAAAUAUGUAUGUACAUGUGUACCAGUUUAUUUUGUGAAUAUCGCGUUCAGAUGUGUCAUUGUGUACAAGUAGAGCAGAGAAUUUAAGGAAUUCUUGUUAGAUUCUAAACUAGAGUCGACUAACGUAACGAUUUAGGUCGUUCAAAAAAUCUUUUUUUUAAUUUGAACUCUCACUCCCAACAAAGUUCUCAUGAAAAGAAAUGUAUCUUAUUUCUUUAGACCAAAAAAUUAGGAUACGUUUUUUUAUUGUGAAACAUUGAUUAGUUUUUAGGCGUCAAAUAUUUGUUUAGUUGUGAGAUUCAUCUUUUUAUCUAAUGUGUAAUAAUUCGUAAUAAAUAAGAAUCUAAUUCUAAGUAUAUAAAAAUAGUUCUUGAUUUACAUUUUUGGGAGGAGAGCACAGAUUAGAAUUUUUUGUUAUUGAUUCUGUUGAUAUUGAGAGCAUAUGUUUGUAAUUAUCAAACACAAAGAUAUUUUGUUUAAAAGAGAAUCUCAAUGCAUGAACUUUCAACUUGAUGAUAAUCAUAUUCCAUUUCACGGAGUUCUUAAUAUACCCGAUUUUCAGUUCAUCGGAAUUCGUUUCACAUAUCUACUAUCAUUUGUACUGCGGUAAUCGAUAUAGUUAGUAUAAAAAUCUCAUAUAGUCUCUUUGAAGUUAGGGUUUUAAAGUAGAAAAGAGACGUUAAAUCUGUUAAAUCUGGCGUCAUAUCGUACUAACAUGAUAUUGCAAUUACACUAGAAUUAGAAAAAGCAGUUGUGCACUGACAGUCGUAACAGUACAUCUAAAUUUGGCUUGAAACUUGGUGGCACCAAAUUUUUUUGGACAUCACCAUGUUUUUUUUUCGAAGUAAAUCUAAUUCACUAUUUCUUUUUCAUUUUCAAGAGAAAUUUGUCAUUUUUUCGAAAUUCGCAACAAAAGUUGACAAUAAAAGUUGACAGUUGCUUUUUUAUUUUUCCGUUAUUUUGUAAGCUUUUUUAGGUGACAAGGAACAUAUACACCAAGUUUCAGGCUUUCUUACCAAUUGAAGCCUAAGUUGGCCAAUUUUCGUUGUACUGCAGCCACUAUGAACUAAAUUCAAAACUUGCCAAAUGUCGAACCAAUUAGAAAGCUGAUUUAUCAAUUUGAUCAAUUAUAAUAUUCUUUCUCAGUUGCGAUUAUGUUUCAAUUUCUCAAUUUUGAAGGAUUUUUUUAAAGGAGUCUAGAUAGUUUUCCAUGUACUGAUAAUUAUUGCUAAUAAUGUAGAUACAAUACGCUUUAUACUUGUACGGAGUUGUUUGAAAAAAAACAUUUAAGUUCGGAAUUUAUAAAACUUUUUUCGAGCUUUGUGAAAAUCUGUUUUCCAUCAACGAUUUGUUCGUAAUAGUACCAUAGAUAUUUUUUAUUUAAAAUUAAAAUGAAUGCGUCAAUGUACAUUCCUUUAAUUCUAAGUAUUAUUAGGUACGCGUGCAGUAGUAUUUGAAUUCAAAGAGCCUUAAUUUUUCUAUUGCUUUUUAUCGCAGAGUAUUAUAUUUGAUUCUGGCGUUGUAAAUAAAUUUGAUAAAUACAAAAUAAUUAAACUAGCGAAUAUUAUCUUAUCAGUUUUUGUAUUGCCUCUGAAAAUAUGGAUUUUAUUUCCGUAAAGUUGCGACUCUAUAUGUAUAGUGAAGUGGACUGAGAGAAUUUCAGUAUUUAAUUAUUUAAAUAAUUAGAGGGAUUGAAAAAGAGUUAAUAUAUUUGCUCAAGGAAAGUGCGAUUGUUUGGAGAAAAACGUCUUACGCAUAUUUUAUAAAGUUAUGAGUUCGAAGCAGUAACAAUAAAUUGCAGCCACAUCGAA